CACCAAACAUAAGAAUGCCAUUACAAAGGGCUCAAACGAGCCACUGCACGAAGUCUGUUUCCAAAAGCAUAGAACAAUUGCGUGUGGUACAAUAAAUCACGUCAACCUUUGAUGUCUUCCAUCACAGGAUGAUUGGUAACAAUGACCUAGCGUAGUAAGCAUCCACCUGUAGUUUUGAAUGUGGCGGAGUCAUUGUGAAUCACUCAAUCUGGGAGGACGAUCUGUGGUUCACCAAAGCACAACAUACUCUCUUCGGGAGAUGGUGAACAUGUCGUGUUCGAUGUCAUAUCCACACUUCGUUGUCCCCGAAACCAAACUCCACAAAUGCUUGGAUAUAAAUCCAGGUCAUCGAUGAGCUCAAAACUUCAACUCACCCAUUCCUCACCUCUCCUUCCUCUGCCCUUUUGGUGAGUACACAGAAUACGAAACUCGGCGAACAGAACUGACCGAGUCCCACAGUUAUCUUCGAAUAUGUCUGCCCCAGCUACGUAUUACAACGUCGAAGUCGUCCAGUUUUGGCGAGGCCAGAAAGAGUACCUUCGGCCUUAUCCCCUUCACUGGGUUAUCUAUAUCCCAACGGGUCCUGGUAUCGGGAACACGUACCACAUCCUAGGAAACACAGAUACCUACACCAUGGAGUUCAGGCGCAACCAGCCACACGUAAACCCCAAUGACUGGCGCGGAAGCUUUACCAUUGGAAGAGUAGCCGCCCAUAAACUGGCUUUGUUCGAGAGUCACCUCGCAAGCGUGCCGAUCACGCGUCACGAUCCCCGCUGGAACUCCCAGAACUGGGUGUGGGACUGUAUCCGCCACCUCCGCCACCAACGUUUUGAGAUCAGCUGGGAGUUUAGACAAUGCGACCUUCAAACGAAGAUGUGCUGCCUGCUGGAGGAAUGGGAAUUCGGUCGAAUUUAGAGGUCGAACGACGAAGAUCUGGCGUACCAGAGUGGUUCAUCAGAAUAUUCUUAUUUAAUAGGAGCACUCACCAUAGAGUUUAGACACUUGUUUGCAUUCUGCAUUUGUAUCAUUAUUAGCAUCAUAGACGACGAUCAAGUUCUGUCGCUCUAACAGACAGCACAAUUGGGAGACGCUAGGCGUUUAGGAUGCCGCAUGGGAUGAAAAAGGCGAUAGUUGAGCGCGACCAGCAGCCUCAGUAGUCCAGGAAUUAGUACUAAAUUUAAAGUAUAACUUUGGUAUAACUCAA